AUGGUAACGUGGGGAUUUGACGACUCCGUUUUGUAUGGUACUAUGCGACUCUCAGAUGUACGAAGUGUUGCAAAACGUGGAGGUAGAGGAGCGACCCGUUACUCGAGCUUCCUUUUUGCUGCUGCGCUCUCCUUCGAGGCACAGGAAGAUCCAAUCCAGCAUCGGAUCCAAGAUUCGAUCCAGAGCGGUGGGCGGUCAGGGUUGGGAUGUGAGACGACAAGGGGAGAGCUGUGGAUGGCAGGCUCAGGGGCAAGGCGAGGGGUUGUUGCUCACGCCAGACGCACGAGGAAGGACCCGCAACCAGAUAAGCUCAUGGAUGGUGUAGAACAGCUCGUCGACGACUACGACAUUGAAAAGGUCGCGUCAGCCAAUCAGCUCUCAGCUGAUGACGUGGCAGCAGGGGAAUUGUCGCUGGACUGCAACCGCUUCCUGAUUGCCCGCAGCAUGAUCAACGACCGAGUGAGCGACCAUGAGGAGGGAAUCACGUGGCAGCGGUCGGCCCCGCGCCUGCUGUGGGUGGCUCGGGAGAGGCGCGCCGAGGCUGAUGCGGUGGAGAGGCAGAGGAGGCGGGGGGAGAAGUAG